UUCCUGCUUGUAGUGGUGGAGAGGGAGCUCCUGUUCUCUGUUGUCUGAUCAUGAAGUAAGCUCAAAAUUGCGCUUAGGAUAAACCUCUGCGUUCAUGGAAACUUCUUGUAAAACAUCAUCCACCACGGGACGUGAUAAGGAUGUGGAGGGAGCCGCAGAGGUCAGAGGGCACGGCCAGGCUGCGUCUGACAUCGCCUCUCUGCCGUCCUACGCCGAGUACCCCCCCGCCCGGCCCCUCCUCAGCACCCGCCUCCCCGCCAGCCCCCGUCCAAUCACAGCCGUCCCUGAGAGCAGCAGUGCAGCCAUCCUCUCUGCUCUGAGGAACCUGCAGGAGAAGAUCCGGCGGCUGGAGCUGGAGAGAACUCGAGCCCAACAGAACCUGCAAGAGCUCAACCAGGACAACACACACACACACACACACAGCAGCACAGAACUGGAAUGCCAGUUGGCAGCGGCUGAGUCUCGGUGUCGGUUGCUGGAGAAACAGCUGGAGUACAUGAAGAAGAUGGUCCGCAAUGCAGAGAGUUCUAGAACCUCUUUACUUAAGCACCAGGUGUCGUUGGAGCGCUCGGGGGCGGUGGAGCAGGAGGAGGUUCGUCAGAAGCUGGAGAAACUGGACCUGCUGGAGCAAGAGUACCAGAGACUAACACACACACAGAACCACGCUGAGAGUAAGAUCCGUGAGAUGGAGAAGAAACUCCUGGAAGAGGAACACCACAGGAAACUGAUGCAGGAUAAAGCAGCACAGUUACAGACAGGUCUGGAGGCCAAUCGCAUCCUGCUCCAGUCAGUGUCGCCCCGCCCACACAAGCCAGCAAAGAAGAAGAAGAAGAAGAAGGUACACACAGCUUUAUGUCCAAACACACAGAAGGCUUUGCGGCAGCAGGAGUCUCCUUCAGAGCCCCACUACCGACUCAGUCUCAGAGACGUACCAUUCGUCACCGGAACGUCCACAGGGGUCAGCCACUCUGUGCGUGCCAAUGUCCAGCACGUCCUGCACCUCCUGAAGCAGCACAACCGGCAGCUGUGCAACAGCGACGUGCUCGGGGCCGCGCCAUUGGCCGCCUCCAGCGCCCGCCCCCCCGCAGCAGCCAAUGGGAAGGGCUCGUCGGAGCAGCACAGCAGUAGCUCCUCCUCUUCCUCUUCCUGUGAGGAUCUGUCAGAGCUGCUGGUGGCACUACAGGACGAGUUUGGACACAUAAGCCUAGAGCAUCAGGAGUGUGUGCGGCGUCUGCAGCAGUGUGAGGGCAGCAGUGUGAGGAUGCAGCUGGAGCGUCAGCAGGAGUGUGUGCUGAAGAAGAUGGAGGAGAAGGGGGAGCAGAUCGCCAGCCUGCACAGACACCAGGCCCAGGUGGAGCGAUUGCGUAGGGAGUGUCGGGGGAGGAGGGUGAAGGGUGGGGAAGUGCGGGUCGUUACCACGGUGACCGGAGGAGUCCCUUCCAGGGUCGCUGGGCCCAAAUCUCCACGGCGACCAGGAGAGCGCUCCCAAGACAGCCUUCGCCUGCUCAAAGACAUGCGCUCACUACAGAGCUCCCUGCAGACACACUAACACACACACACUCACACACACACACACACACGCUCACACACGCUCACACACACACAUACACACACAUACACACACACACACACUAAAACUUCCUCAGCCUGCUCAAAGACAGUGGUUAUUUCAGAUGCACACACACACACACACACACACACUGGGGUGUGUCCUAAGUGUUUGUUUUUGUUGAUGAAGAUGAAGAUGGGCUUGUGUCCGCUACCAUGACAAUGGAGAGCUCUGUUACUAUGGGAUGGUGGGGACCACUAAGACAACCUGCGUGAUGGACAUUGUGUUACACUUGUGUGUGUGUGUUUGUGGGCAUGUAAUGAUGGACCUGCCUGUAUAUAGUAUGAUGCGUGUGUGUGGUGUGUGUGUCUUUACUGCUUGUAUAAAUUAAAUGUGUGCCUGCGUGUGUGUGUGUGUGUGUGUGUGUGUAAAGUAAACUGGUGCUGACUAAGAGCUUUUUUCCUGUCCAUGAGCUUUUAAAAUAAAGUAUUUAUUUUUGACA